UCAAAUCCAAGGCUGCGCUGCAAUUUUCCAACCCUUGGACAGUCAAGCCGUCAUGGCUUAGGGGUGCGCGUAUACAACCGCCAUGUUAUUAUUCCAAUCCGACCAGUCAUAGCCUUGAUCUCGGUCCAGAUCUGUGCAGAGUUCACUGACCUCAGAACCGUACGAUAUUCGACGAGCUCGGCGGGAAACGUACGCAUACUCGAUCCGAGCCAUACUGGAGAUGCACAUCUCGAUGCCGAUUCCUUACAAUCCAUCUUCGCUCGACGCUUCUUCGACGCUUAUUCUAGAGUUGGUUACAGUCCGAGGUGUAGCACAGUUCGGCGAAGAUUCUCAACUACAACGAUGGUCCUCAUUCAUCGGUAUAGUCACAGCGAUCGUUGGGAAUCUCCUCAUAUCUGUCGCUCUCAACACCCAGAGGUACGCGCACAUCCUGAUAGAACGUAAACACAAUGGAAGCAGAAAGCCUCACCCGAAUGGAAUCGCAUCGCCAAUCCGCACUGGGUAUGGCACGGACGAACAGGAGCAGAUAGCAGAGGCGCGGAAAAAAGCCAAUCUGGGACUCCCCGAUCGCAAGGAAAGCACAGCCGAAGAUGGUACUCCUUCGGCGGAUGUUGACGUGGAAGGAGGCUUAGAAUCUCCUAUCGAAGAACCACGGCAGAAGAGUGAGCCCGAGAACGAGGAUGAGGGCCGACCAUCGUACCUAAAAUCGCCAGUUUGGUGGCUCGGGCUUGUGCUCAUGAUCAUUGGGGAAGCGGGCAAUUUCCUCGCCUAUGGCUUUGCACCAGCAUCGAUUGUCAGUCCUCUUGGUGUGGUCGCUUUGAUUUCAAACUGCUUGAUUGCUCCUCUCAUGCUCAAGGAACGCUUCCGGAAGCGCGAUUUCUUCGGUGUCGUGGUGGCAGUCGCUGGCGCUGUCGUCGUCGUCCUGUCGGCAGAGUCGAGUGAGGAAAAGUUCGGCCCUGGAGGUCUGUUGAAAACUAUUAAGAGGUGGGAAUUUCUGGUUUAUGUCAUCAUCACGACUCUGUUUAUUGUGGCUCUCAUGUACGCGGAACCACGAUACGGCCGGCGGACAAUCCUUGUUGAUCUUGGUUUGGUGGCCUUGUUCGGCGGCUACACAGCCUUGUCUACGAAAGGUGUUUCUUCCCUUCUAUCAACAUCUCUUUGGAAGGCGUUUGCAUAUCCCAUACUUUACUUUCUGGUGGUCAUUCUCGUCCUGUCAGCACUCAUGCAAAUACGUUACCUCAAUCGGGCUUUGCAGAUCUAUGAUUCCACUCAAGUGAUACCCACACAGUUUGUUCUUUUUACACUUUCAGUCAUUCUUGGAUCGGCGGUGUUAUACCGAGACUUUGAGCAUACAACUACAGCACAGGCCGUCAAGUUUGUCAUUGGAUGUCUAUUGACGUUUUUCGGUGUAUAUUUGAUCACGAGCCGCCGUGAGGGGUACACAAGUAUCGAUGAGCAGGAGGCUGAUGAGGAUGAGACUAUUCAGCUCAUCGACGAGGAAGCGGACGGAGUGGACGAACGAACACCAUUAACCAGGGACAGAAAAGCAUCGGUUGCCCCUGGGAUUGACGAUCAUCAUUCGGCGUUGGAAACAGUGGAGGAAUCAGAGGAUGAAGCUACCACACCGCAACACUCCAGGCCAGCAUCGUCCGUCCCAUCCAUUGCCUUCACGCCUGCUGAAUCCUCGGAAAGUCUGCAUCGUAAUCCUUGGCUGUCUUCAGCAGAGCAAAUCGACGCACCACCAUCGCCUCGGACACCACUUGGUGCCAGAGUACAGAGCGAAUCAUCCACGCCUUUCUUCACUCCAUUUACGUCUAAACCACUGAAGCGUUCCACUUCAUCGCCGGCAGGCCCGGAAACACCCAGCAAGCAAGGGACACCAAGACUCCCUAGUCCUGAACGUCCUGCAGAAGAUCCGUCCUCAACCACACAUUUUCUCUCUCGCUCAACACGCGGAAGCAUAUCACGCCUCAUUCCCGUCCCCGGUCCACUGCUCCCGCCACUGUCGUCGUCCCUCAGCGCGCUCGUUGCCGACUCGCUGCUCAAAGGCGAAGGCGCUUCUCGCUCAGUCCGCGCCAGUCUUCGCCGCAGGCGUUCGUCGCGACACUCGACAAACACGCGACGGCAGACCAUCCCCGUCUCGGACCCGGAGCACCCUUUAGGGCUGCACUUCCAGAAUCGAAGCGAAGACCAAAGCCUUAGCCGAGCACAGACGCACGAGGGCGCUGUCGGCGACGAAGAUACGCCACAGGAGGAUAUGGGCAAACAAAAGAGAAGGCUACGUGCCUUGAGCGAAACCUUCUCUGGCAUCAUGGGUCGUGGGAAGGGGAAGAAACGUGAUGACGUUGGAGAUUCGCAGGCCGACCGUACAUCUGGGGUUUGAUUGGAGAGGAUAUGGUCUCUUUUUGAUAUCAGCGUGGUUGAGCAUAGAUGGGACAUACCCGCAUAGUGGUAGUAAUAUGCUGUGACAAUUGAUUGCUUCAAUAGAAACA